AUUGUCAUGCGGAGAUUCCUUGUGAUUGUCGGCUUAGCCUAUUCCAUGCGGUGCGUGACCAUGAUAGUGACGUCACUCUCGGUAACGGGGUACCACGUCCACUGCGGCAAGAAGAUGUUUGACAGCGUUUGGAGCAAGUUGGGACGCGCCGUGGCGCCCUCUAUAGGCCUGGGGAUGACACUGACUGGCCAGAGGGAAGAGAUGUGCGGUGAUUACAUGUACAGCGGUCACACGGUGUCUAUCAUGACCGCAUGUCUAUUCUUCACUGAGUACACUCCGAGUAGAUGCCGUUUGUUUCACUUCUUGGCGUGGGUCACGGCCGGGGCGUCUCUGUUCUUCAUCGUAGCCGCCCACGAGCACUACACGGUUGACGUCCUAAUAGCAAUGAUCGUGACAAGCCUCGUUUUCCUCUACUACCACACCUUGGCGAACACCCGGGCCCACCUCCACCGCGAGGUGAACAAAGUCCGGGUCUGGCUGCCCUUCUUCUACUACUUAGAAGCCAAAGUGGACGGGGUUGUCCCUAAUGAGUAUGAGUGGCCGUUCCGCUGUCCUUCCCUGUCCUGGUCACAGGGCCCGAAGGUCUGGCACCGCAGCAAGUCCGGUCUAGUCGACUGACCCCACGCCUCCCCCGAAAUAGGUCAUCAAAAGCUUGUAUCUUCACCUUGUACAGGGUCACAGUUAACAUAUUCCAUGCUGUAGUACAUUUUAUUCCUCACUCUUUCACCCCUUGAUAAUGGACUGAUCCGUUAAGCCCCGCCCACGCGCACGCAGCACCACCUGUGCGUAAGUGCAAAAGGAGCCUUCAGCCAAUAGGCGUUGGUAAUCAGUGGUGCGCGCGCGUGUAUGAAAAAGCCAAUUACGAACCGGAUCGAAACUGCAUGUUCUAGGCGCGCGCGUCAUAUGCAAAUAAUACGCAUGCCGGACAUUAACCACGGCUUUGAUUGGUCAAAACAUUCUAAGGCGAAGCUUGGUGGAUCGGUCUAUUGUAGCCAGGGUAGGUCAAACUAAAGGCUGUUAUUGUAGACCUCAAGAAUCCCGUGGCUAGAUAUUGAGUAUGACGCCUGAAAUGACCGAGUAUAUUUCAGGCUGAUCGAUAUUAAAGCACGCGGUAGGAAGAAGCCCCGGUUACUAGAAAAUAACUAACGUACUUAACUCGUAAGGCCUUGAAGUUUUAAGAUGAGAGAAUGGUAAUUUCUGACUUGGGGUGCUGUCUUGACCUCUCAAAGGUCACCUCUGUAAGAUGACCUCUCUUAGCAGAAGCCAUGUUAAUGCGGAGCUUCGCGUUUGGUGCUUUUGGUGCUCUGAUAUAUAAAAACAGUACCGCACACCGCACCUUGCACGCACGAAACACGAAAGAUGAUACGGUCUUUUGUAAGCAAAAUGUAAGAGCAAAAAAAUAAGAGCUGUUGGAAAUACUUGUUUAUGAAAUAUGCAACAAAAGACACAGUUGUGCUGGCGCUUUUCUUAGUGAGCCGCUGUGAUCUUGUUACAUCUUUAACGUUAGGUAAAGUCUACGUUUUGUCUGCGUUUGAAAUCAAGUCGUUAUACGAGCAUUAACUUUUGCUGUUUACGCACUUGCUGGUCAAGUACGGUGUAGACAGAUUAUCUUGAAAACGGAGAACUGAAAUCGAGGGUCGUUCAUGAUUUUUUUAAAGACAAAAUCUUGUAUUCCAACUCACAUUAUAAACUCUAUUUUUUCCCCAUAAAAUUUUAUCGAUAACUGGACUACAGCUAAGAGCCGUAAUACAAAUAGUAAACAGUAAUGUAACAUUUUACUUUGGUGUAAUGAAAAACAAAUCACGUUCUUGCCAUACUUUUUCAGCAAUGUCUGAACACUAAAAUUGUAUUGUAAAGCUAAUUGUAUCCAACCAUAAUUGCAGUUUGUAGCACAGAUGACCGAAGCGUUUGUGUUUGAAGCCAUUGAACAAAGAUAUUGACCAACUGGGGAACCACCAGUAUUGGGCUGGGACGGUAGCUCAUCUGGUAGAAGCACCGGAAUGGCAAUCCGGAGGUCGCAGUUCAAACCCUGCUCCAGUCAACAUUACACUGAUAAACAUCUUAAGCUUUAACAACCUUAAUAGACCCAAUCACAUAUUCACGGUUGGAGCUACGGAUAUCCACGGUUUACCGAGAAUCAGUCAACGAAGAACCGUCGAGAUUCGUGGCGACCUUGCACAAUACGGUUUCAGGACGGAUAGCCACGACUGUCCUAAGGUUUCUUUAAGAAUAGAAUACAGUGUGAGUCAAAAAACUAUACACUUUUAAAAUUGGCCAUAGUUUUAUUAUGUAGCAAUACAGAUAAGGUAUUUUCAUAUGUACUUUUAGAGUAACUCUUCCUGCUUCUUUUGGUGACAUUUUAUAUUAAUGAUUUAUGUUAAAUUCAACCGAAAGUUGUAGUCAUACAAGACCAAAUUAAAUUUGGUCUUGAAUGACCACAAGUUUUAGUUGAAUUUAGCAAAAAUUCUUACCCAAACAAUUGGUUAUAGAACAACCCAAGUUUGGGUAGUUCCAGUUUUCACCCUUUCUUUGGUAAACUUAACCCAGGCAAUUUGUCAGUGUAAUUACCAGAUCACAUUAAUGAUGUUCUGAAACCACUCUAAGUUUCAAGAAGUGAGAUAUAAGACAGUGCCAGAUAGCAAGUUUUUAACAAAGAAUUUAAUGCUGUGAGGGUGGUGUGCCUGUAUGAGGUUAAUAGCGACAGUACAAGGUAUAAUGAGUCGUCCGAGAGGAGACUAUUAACGGAGGAGGCAGUCGAUCUAGGCCUAAGUAGGCCGAUGUUUAAUUUUAUACCUAGUUUUUUUGUUUGCUGCAUUACACGCCGUUGUUUCUAUGAUAUCGGUGCAUGUUGUUGUUGUUACCGCUGUUACUGUUGUUAUACUUCUUUUUACAUUCAUGUACAUCACUUGAAAACUCGGCUCAUGUCUAUUCCGAUUAAUGACGGUUCUAGCGAGUGACAAUUUCAAAACCAGUCUGAGCAUUGAUCACAAGUUCGCGUAGAUAGCGUUGCUUGGCGCCUAUUCAAGUUUGAUUUUCCGUGAAUGCUCUUGGUUUGCGCAUGGGUAAUGGCGUGUAACAUGAACUGCGCGUGAGCAGUGCAGACAACAGCAGGACUGCACUUUUGCUGAGAAUGUAAACAUUAAACAGUCGCGGUUGAAAUUUCAGCUCAGAUUUGUCAUAACAGUUCCGGAUGGUGGGUGUACUAGUGACGUACUCAACAAGCCCCGUAUAGCGCCCUAUUCUGUGACGUUUGACCCAUUGGGGUCAAAGGUUGCAGAUUGAUCCCAGAGUCAGACUGCAUGGAUACGUGGAUAGCAUGACAGGCCCCGCCCUAUUUUGGUUCGUGUAAACGUUUCUCACAGUGCACGUGACUGAAUUAGACCGUGCCACCGAGGUCACCUGACCAAUAUGGUCGUGAUCUGAUUGGCCAAUACGCACUGUUGACAGACACCUCUGAGCUUCCACUUCCAGUUAUAGUGUACACGCAUAUACUUUCAUCACUUAUACAAAUUAAAAUUUCUUACGAAGUUUGGGUGGGCCUGGAAUAAAGAGCGCCUAUUAUUGCAAAAACCUUGCUUUAAGCUUGAAAAUUGUAACUUUUCCAAACCUAUCACAUGUGAAUUCACAAUGCAAACAAUUUCACACUACAAUCGUAACUUGGGUUUCUCUACUACGCAUGCGCAGCUGGGUCCGCUAGACCUGAGAUUGGAACAACAUGGGCAAGAUAUAACAGUAAAAGUAGUGUUUUGAUAUAUCUUUAUUGUCUUAUAAUACAGUUGUCAUUUUAGCCUUUGUCUCGAUUUAAGGGUUUGUAAGUGUGCAUGUGUUUAAGCAAUUGUUUAUGAGUAGCAUUUGCAACAUGUUAAAAAACCAGUUGACUUUACAAAGAUGAGAAAAAAGUGUUUUACCGUCAUACGCUAUAACUAAAAACUGCUUGCCUUUUAAAGAGCAUAUUGUCAUUCGUGUUGUUGCCAUUCGAAUUUAUGCCAAAUUUAAAGUUGCCUUUUUUGUGUGAAAGCUUCACUGUAAUUUAAAAUGAAAUUGUAUUUAGUGUUUUGUAUAUCGAAAUUGGAAAAGGACCAUUACUGCACCUUGAACGUUCUUUUUAUCGUUUGCCUAUGGUCACUAUUUUUAAUGUAAAACUGAAGUAGCAUUAGUGAAAGAAAAAUAUUCUUGUGAUCUUAAUGUAUAUUAAGCCAUGAGGCAGCCGGCCAAGUAUUUAUAAGUGCAUGCACUGUAUUCUAUCUUCGGUAGUAUUGUAGUAUUUCUCCUUCACCCUUGUACACGUAGUCUGAGUAGGAACCAACUUAAGUCUCCUGUAUAAUGUCUGAUAUAUCUCAGACAUGCAGAUACAUGCACGGCCGCGCGCCAGCCAAUCGGAGUCGACUUUACUAAAUCGUGACGUCAUUUCAUUCCCAAAUCAGGACUAAAUGGUUUGAUUGGACAAUUCAACAGCUGGGCGCAUAUCGCGUAACAUGAUACAGAGCUCGUGACACAGGUUUUUUUUUAAAAUUCAUUGGCUAUGACGCGCAACGGAUGAAUGACCAAAGACCUAUAGAAAUCGCCCGCUGAUUGGUCAAAAUCUAGAGGUUAGGUGGCGGUUGUCUUGCAUAAUUAAACAGAAAAUCUGAUCACAUUAUAGGCAUGUACAAAGGCUUUUAAAUUAGUGAAAUAAUAAUAGUUUUUAGAGGAUGGUUGUGUGGAUGUUUAUAUCCUAUUUUCAAAUACUCCUUCCAAUAAAAAUAAUUUCGUUUAAAACGCGUUUUGUAGCCCGAUUGGGCGCCUUGCAGGCUGUAAUAUCCCUUUAAACUGCUUUUCCGGAAUGGCCCCUGCAGCACACAGAAGCAAAGUAAAGGAAAGAAUUUCAUUUAUGUCCUAUAAAUCUCUCGAUUCAGGGCCGUUUCACUUUUGUGCUGCAGAGGAAAAGGUUGGGGAAAUUCCCAAACUUUUCACGGGACCGACUGAACAAUGGGUUUUUUAUGGAAAGAAAACGGCUUCCUCUUCCAGUUAAAAAGAAAGAAGAAAAGAAAAAAGUUCUUUAGAAUAUGAUCAUGUGCGUCAGAAAGGCGGACGCAUGUUUUCAAAAAAGGACAUAAUUCGCACGACUUGUAUUUCUCGCCUGGAGUAAGUUCGCAGGCUAAAGCUGUUAAUUAUUGCAAUUUUACUCAUAUUUCUUUGGAUGUUGGUUAUUAUUUGGCCUUUUUAAACUUUGAAAAUGGAAUAUUCUGUACACAUCAGGCCGGCCAUACAUUCGAUAAGGUCAUUGCUGAACUCACGCACGGUGCCCUUUGACAUUCAAGCGUGAAUUGAACGGGCAUCGUGUUGAGAUUUUCUUCGUGGCAACGUACUUUUUUUCACAAAGUUUUCGGCCCAAUUUUUGGGUAUGGAACACCAUGCAAUUCAUUUUGAUUAAUGCCCGAUAGGCGAAUUGUAAUGGUGGCAUGGCAGACCGAUAUAUUUACUGUUGAUUAAGACCUUUUUUGUGUUAUCAGUUGUCAUUGGUAAGAGAAGGGUCGAAGGCUAAAUUCUCCUUACCUCAGGUUUCUUGAAGAGGCUGUAGUGUCAUGAUCCUUUUAAACUAUCACAUGGGCAGUCAUGGAAUAGUAAGAGGCUGUGUGUUAUAACUUGUUUAGUGUAUACAAUAUAUCUUAUACAUCAUGCACAAAUCUUACCGUGGCAUAUAAGCCAUAGAUCAAUUAUUUAAAUUUUAUAUACUUUUUUUUUAUACCCAAGAGUAUUUAUCGAUAUUUAUGUUUUAAUGUUGGAUAAAAUGUACCAUUUCCUAACGAUAUUUGGCGCGUGUCUGCACACUGCCUACAAUAAAUUGCCGUGGAAAUGAACUGCGCAAAGAAUCGUGGGAAGCAUGACCAAUGCACGUACAUUCCAUGCGCGCGCGUCGUGACCCCAGGUCACGUGUCAUCCGAAAACUAUCAAAUUAGAGACAUUUUUGAGGUCACAAGCGUCGUUCUGGGUCACUAGGAUCGAGUGAAAGUACAAUGUACGCGUAUUAUCAAAUUCUUUGUCACAAAAGUUAACUUUCAUUUACAUUUUUUUUCAGCAGUUGUUAAUGCACAAAAGAUUAUCCCCCAUUACACAAUUUUGGGGAUACAUGAUAGCAAAAAUAGAUCUAUUACCGAGUUUUAGUGCUACUUGAAAAAAUAAUAACACUAACUUACUGGAAAGAAAGUUACUGUAUAUCGGUGUUCAAUAUCCACGUUCUUCCGACACACGAAACAAUCCACCGUCAUUUGCAUAACAAUGAUCUUUGGUACUAUUGUUCUUGCCUAAUUUCCACAACAGUAAUUAGUCUUAAUUAUUAUUCAACGUAAUUAUUCAACAGUAAUUAAUUUUAAUUGUAAUUUUUGUCACUACUUGAUUAACACACACGGUGCAUUAUCGUUGGCUAAUGUAAAAACAAACAAAAAAUGACAGUAGUGCACAAAUGCUGGAAAAGAAAUUGAAGGCUAAUAAACUAACGAUGCAAAAGAAAACUUG